GCUCGGUGCAGGGAGGAGGAGGAGGAGGAGGGCUGGCCGUGUGUACCUGACGCUCGCCCGGCUUGUUGUGGCAACUGUCCCGCCCCGAAAGCUGAGCCUGGCCGCUUUCCAUCCGCUCCCGGCCAGAGGAGGGACGAUUGCCGGCCGCUCGCCCCCACCCCAUCCCCGGAGCAAACCCCGCUGGGUCCAGGACGUGUCCAGGACAAUACCUUAUGGCAAUACAUUCUUUAAUAACAUUCUCUUGCGGAUGAUGUUUGCUGUCGUCUUUUGGACAUCUGGGGAUGAUGCACCCUGCUGCAUCACGGACCACUUGUGAAUUUGUGCUCGAUAAUCGUACAGACCUCUGGUGGGAAUGUAUUCUACAAAGGCUCCUGAAAGGAAAACCAUCAGCAAAACCUGAACCAACAAAACAUGACAGGCGACAUCUUGUGAAUUGAAACACUAAAUCGAGGAGCUGAAGGGCCCACAGAAAGCAAAAGUUUGGUUGUCUGGCCUCGUCAUUUGGUUGUGUCCUGGGAUUGAAUUGAAAACCGCCCCUGGCCGUCUGCCUCAUGCACACACACAGUGUAAUGGCCAGUCCGCAGGAGGGCCUGAUCUGGUCACCCCCCUCUAACCUCAUCAACCAGAACCUGAAGGACGAGCUGGGGACCUCGGGGCAACGGGCCAAGCUGCCGGUCAGAGAUGUGGACCACAAGCCGGCCUACUCACCGCCCGAGAUCCUGGACAACCUGCAGGAGAGGGGGCCACCCCAGGCGGACAAUAGCCACUGCUCCAAUUCCAACCACCCCGUCACUGUCACCGUGCUCGCCAGCCUCAGCGAGGACUCCCGGGACCAGUUUGAGAACAGUGUGCUGCAACUGAGGGAACAUGAGGAAUCUGGGCCCACCCAAGCUGCCGAGGAUGGGAAUGGGAACGGGAAUCGGGGGGGUGGCAACGAUGGUGAUCACAGCAGACCGGAUGAGAUGAAGAUGCAUUAUAACCGUUCUGGUUCAGGUUCGGGCACUGGAUCAGGCGGAUUCCUGGAGGGGCUAUUUGGCUGCUUAAGGCCAGUGUGGAACAUCAUAGGAAAAGCCUACUCCACGGAGUAUAAACUGCAACAGCAAGAUUCCUGGGAGGUGCCGUUUGAGGAGAUCUCGGAGCUGCAGUGGCUCGGCAGUGGAGCUCAGGGAGCUGUGUUUUUGGGCAAAUUCCGAGGUGAAGACGUGGCCAUUAAAAAAGUGCGGGAACAGAAGGAGACAGACAUCAAACACCUGAGGAAGCUAAAGCACCCGAACAUCAUAGCAUUCAAGGGUGUGUGCACCCAGGCCCCGUGUUACUGCAUUAUUAUGGAGUAUUGCGCCCAUGGGCAGCUCUACGAGGUUCUGCGGGCAGGACGGAAGAUCAGUCCCCGGCUGCUGGUCGAUUGGUCCUCGGGAAUCGCAAGUGGCAUGAACUACCUGCACCUCCACAAAAUCAUCCACAGGGACCUCAAAUCACCCAAUGUGCUAGUUACCCACGACGACACUGUGAAGAUCUCCGACUUUGGCACUUCCAAGGAGCUGAGCGACAAGAGCACAAAGAUGUCCUUCGCUGGCACGGUGGCCUGGAUGGCCCCCGAGGUGAUUCGGAAUGAACCUGUCUCUGAGAAGGUGGACAUUUGGUCAUUUGGUGUGGUGCUGUGGGAGCUACUGACCGGGGAGGUGCCCUACAAGGAUGUGGAUUCUUCCGCUAUCAUCUGGGGUGUGGGCAGCAACAGCUUGCACCUGCCUGUCCCUUCCACGUGUCCCGACGGGUUCAAAAUCCUCAUGAAGCAAACGUGGCACAGUAAACCUCGCAACCGGCCAUCCUUCCGCCAGAUCCUUCUCCACCUGGACAUCGCGUCAGCUGAUGUUCUGGGAACCCCUCAGGAGACCUACUUUAAAUCCCAGGCUGAAUGGAGAGAAGAAGUGAAAAAGCAUUUUGAAAAGAUAAAGAGUGAAGGAACAUGCAUCCAUCGGUUAGAUGAAGAAUUAAUCAAACGAAGGAGGGAGGAGCUGAGGCACGCACUGGACAUCAGAGAGCAUUAUGAAAGGAAACUGGAACGAGCCAACAAUCUCUACAUGGAACUCAGUGCCAUCAUGCUGCAGCUGGAGAUCAGAGAGAAAGAACUCAUAAAACGUGAACAAGCUGUAGAGAAGAAGUACCCAGGAAUGUACAAGCGUCACCUGGUCAGGCCAAUAAUUCGCACUAAUGCCGUAGAGAAAUUGAUCAAGAAGAAGGCAUCAAACCACAAGCCUGGAGCCCAGGGGAAGCGACCCGACCUCCUGAGGUCAGAUGGCAUUGUGCCGAGUGUGGAGUUGGGCCAAUCGCACUCGCCUGUUACCGGCAGCCCCAAGGUGUCCACGCCACCGGGGAAGGCGAGAUACCGCAGCAAACAGCGGCACCGUCGCGGCAACAGCAAGGGGAGCCACCAGGAGUUUGCGGGAUUCCUGCGGGCCAUCGCGGGCCCGAAGCAGUGCUCCCUCCACCACCAGCAUCGCCUGGGCGACCCGGCCAACUGUGUGCACAGUCUGAAGUAUUUUGGGCCAGCGGCGGCCCUGAGGAGCCCCCACACCGACCGCCUGCAGCUGAAGAUAUCCGGCUCCAGCCCAGACCUCAUCUCCACCACGCUGGCUGUGAGCCACCGCAGGAGCUCGGAGAACGGCGAGCUGCCGGACUGCGGGCACGGAGCCUCCUGUCGGGACUGUCGAGAGCGUAAGGGCAACGCCAGAGAUGAAAGACUGUCCAACGGAUACAAGGCGGGACCAGCCGCACCAGGCUUCUCCCUGUCUCCAGUGCACAAUCCCAUGGCUCAUUACGAGAACCCUCGGUUUCAGGAGAACAUCAGGCCUUCGGAGGAGAAGCAGCCGGAAAUGUCCAAGGCAGGGUCUUCCUUGAGCACCCCUCUGCACCUCACCACACCCACACUACCUCGCAAGCUGAGAGUCCUCAGGAAGGAGAACGGAGACGACUCCUCGGAAGAAGAGGAGGGAGAAGUGGACAGUGAGGUGGAGUUUCCCCGCAGACAGAGGCCUCACCGUUGCAUGAGCAGCUGCCAGUCGUAUUCCACCUUCAGCUCGGAGAACUUCUCGGUAUCGGAUGGAGAGGAGGGCAACACUAGUGACCACUCACACAGCGGCACCCCUGACGGGCUCAGCAAUAACAACGAGGAGCACAUGGAUGACAAGCUGGAGGACAUGCUGUCGCACACUCCAGAAAUCCCUAUCGAGAUAUCCACGCAGUCCGAUGGACUGUCUGACAAGGAGUCAGCGGUGCGCAGGGUGAAGACUCAGAUAUCACUGGGGAAAUUGUGUGCAGAAGAGCAUUGCCACGAGAACGCUGCACACUUUGGAGAAUCGGACUGUGACUCUUCGGAGGCCGAGUGCUCCGACUCCACCGUGCGCCGAGGGAAAGCCUGCAACUCAUCCACCUGGUGAGGACCGCCACAGGCAGGGCCUGCUGCCUGGGGAGUGCGGAAAGGCAAAAUAAAACGUAAAGUCGAGCAAAACUUCCCAUGGGAACAAACUGCAAUAACUCAAAGACUUGGAGACUCUUCGAUGUUCUGCAGCAAGUUGUGAUGAAGUGAUUGUAGAGUUCACCACCAUUUCAAUCAAGUAUGGCAGGGAUCCACUUUGUUGAAUAAUGUAGCUAGUGUAACAUUAACAAUUUAUUUUUGUUUGACUCUUCAUACUGUAUAAAUAUCAAGUACUUAAGAAACAAGGGGGUGCAAGGAAGAUGGACAAGGCAUCGCUAGUCUUAAUCGUUUUAUUGCAUGGAGCCUAAGGCUCAGGGCAAAGAUGAAGGACCAACAUUAACCUGCACCACUGCUUCAGCUGGAGACUAACUGAUGUAACAGGGUAAAGACAGACCAAACUGGGUCAUGGCUCACACAAGGAUCCUGUGGUCCUGGUGCUCAAGGAGGCAGACAGAACAUUGAAGUUUCACACUUCAGCUUAAUGAAUGCCAGCCAACUCAAACCAAUGGCAGAUGUACACUGAGAUUGGAUGGAGUAGAACACCAAAGUGCACUGUGGGUUCUAGGGGACACAAUCCUAAACAGCAGCAUUCCUGGAUAUUGUUAUUAGGAGAGGUGGGGAGUGGUAAUGAGCAAACAGUGUUUAUGAGGGACUAAUGAUCCAGCAACUGUGUGGGCCAGUAGGCAGACUAUUGAUCUGACCAUGGGUUCUCACUGUGAGGCAUGGCAUUGCCAAACUGCUGAUACCUCCACACAGGAGGAUUUUAAUUGACAUUCACAACAAAAGCAAGACAGGACGAUUUGAAAAUAGGAGACUCUUCCCUCCUUUAACCAGAGCUCUAUCUCAUCUAUCUCCCCCCCAAGAGAAAGUUCCAAAUGUUUUAUCAUCCCCCGUGAUUCUGGGGUAUGUGCUCCUGAUUUCCAUCAUGCUUUUAGUGGGGAAAAAGCAUUUCUACCUUUUAAAAAUUUUAAAAGAAAUACAUCAAAAGCUGGAAAUGCUCUGCAUUCCAUGCUGGGUCCAUGAGGAAGCAAAGUCAUUUGGUUGCUUUUUCAACAGGACUGAGGAGAAGCGUGACACUGAGAUAUUGUCCCAUUGAAACCUGGACUUACAGUGCCCUCCAUAAUGUGUGGGAAAAGCACCCAUCAUAUAUUUAUUUGUCUCUGUACUCCACAAUUUGAGAUUUGGAAUAGAAAAAAUCACAUGUGGUUAAAGUA